GAGAGAGAGAUCUCCGCCAGCGAGCUGAAGAACGUGCUCAACAGAGUCAUCACCAGACAUAAGGACCUGAACACGGAGGGCUUCAGUCUGGAGAGCUGCAGGAGCAUGAUAGCUCUGAUGGACGUAUCCUUUAUGGACGGGACAGGAAGACUCAACCUGCAGGAGUUCAGACAUCUGUGGAACAAAAUCAAACAGUGGCAGGGAAUCUUUAAGCACUAUAACGCCGAUCAGUUCGGCAGCAUCAACAGUUACGAGAUGAGGAACGCUGUCAACGAUGCAGUCAUGUGUCUUGUGUCCCGCUCAGGCUUCCGUCUCAACAACCAGCUGUAUGACAUCAUCACCAUGCGCUACGCCAACGAGAACAUGAACAUCGACUUCGACAGUUUCAUCAGCUGUCUGGUGCGACUCGAGGCCAUGUUCAGGGCGUUCCAGGCCUUCGAUCAGGACGGAGACGGUACCAUUAGACUCAGUGUCCUGGAGUGGCUCCAGCUGACCAUGUACGCCUGAAGAGGCUCCUCCUCCUCCAGGUGAGAUCCACGAGGACCAGACCUGCCGCCUUUACCUCAAACUCAGUGUGCCGUCGUUAGCUCUCAUAAUCCUCACCUUCAGACCGAACCCCCCCCCCCCCAAAUCUGCUCUUCCUCUCCAGAAAUGUCCACCAUGCUUCACUCUUCAUAGCGCCUCUGUGUAGGUCUCAGAACCUUUACUUCUCUAACUCCUGUCAAACAUCAGUCUCUCCUUUUCAGCCAUCUUUAUUUUAUUUAAAAAGAAACACUUGUUCAGUAUUCUCUCUCAGGCAUCAGACACACACAACCUCUUUUCUCUGUCACAGUGACUCCUACUUCUUCUACUGUUUUAAAAUGAGUAGCAUACUUCCUGUAUUCAUUCACGGCUCUCUGGUGGACGGUGAAUAAACACUCAAAUCACCCUGUUUUCAUCCCAUUGCAUCCCACGUGUUUUUGUGGAUACAUUCUGAAGAAUCGGUCACAUUGGAUGGACAAACUCAGGCUUUUUUUUGUUCAUCUCAGCUCCAGAAAACAGGACUUAUAAACCCCCCCUUAUCAUGAUUAAAUGUGGAGCUGAUGAUUUUUUAUUAAAAGGUUAAAAUAUGGAUUUGAAAGCGUAUGGCUAAAGGGUUGGACUGCUGCUUUUUUGUGAUUUUUUUCCUUAUUAUUAAGGCUUUGGUCAAAUGAGUGUACUGCAUUUUUAACCAUUUUAACCAAAUAAAUACAAUUAAUGUGUA